AUGCCUGGGAUGGGCCUCGGCCAGCUGCUGCGGAAUGUCGGUCACCUUGAAGAAGAAGGUGCCUGGAGCAUCCGACGGCAUCCGCAGAGAUCCAGUUUUCAGGAGGCAAGUGGCGGAGCGCCACCCCCGAAGGAGGGGCUAAAGAAAGUGGAGAAGGUUUCUCAGAAUGUGGGAUGUGCUCCUGGCUUUCGAUGUAUGUCGAAAAUCAGCGAGUUCGGCAUGGAGCACAAUGGUGAGUACAAGCGCGUCACUACGCCGAAGCUACCUGCCAGAUUUGAGCAAAGGGACGUGUGGGAGUGGGGUUGUCCAGCCAGAGGCAAUAUGACUUCCACCGGGAAGUGCCACCCACCAAAGCCAGGUGAGGAAGCCGAAGCAGGAAUGUGCUGGUCCCAGAAUGCAAUGCUCGCUGGGCCAAAGACUCCUUGCGGCACUUCUGGCGACAAGUGCAUGUGCGUGAAGCCGGUCACAAGUGAUGGGUCAAUCGGCUAUGGGUACCGCAGCCGCGACAUUCUUCCGGAGUUCACCGAGGGCGACUCGAGUGAUGCCGGAGGAGUGGAGGUGGUCAUGGGUAACUUUCAGGUCCAGCCACUUCCACACUGUGAUGACUGUUUAGCGCUGAGCAGCAACUGGGAGCAAUGUUCGGAAUGUGCGAACUGCUCUUACGGCACGAAAGACUUGGACGGGCGGACUCUCGCUUGCUUCGACAAGGACUUUCAGCCACCCGGAGCGGCUGCCGAUGCUGCCGAGAUGCCACAGGCAGGGGAGGAGUAUCGGAAGAAGAACUUCGUCCUGCUACAGGGCAAGCGAGCAGAGGAGCAGGAUCUGUGGACCAUUCCUCAAUAUCCGCUGUGGGAUCCGGAGCCUGAUGGUAUGGAAGCAGAGGAUGCGAACGGCGGACAAGUCUUUCCGUUCCAGAUUAACACGGAGCCUCUUUCCAACGAGGCAUGGGUCAAGGCAUACAAGACAGCUGCUCCAAGAAUUCAGUCUUUGAUGGAUACCAUUGCAAAGAAGCUGAAGACUCGUUGGGGACCAGGAGCUCCGACAGAGGAGUGCUCGCAACUUUUUGAAGCGAGAUAUGUCAAGGCACAAUCAGCCAGGAAAAUGUGCAAGGAAAUGCAGACGCUGCAGGCCACUCUGGCGCCUGGAGAGCUUGGCACCUUUCCUCGAAGAUCUCCAUCAUCAGGAGAGCUCCUGCGCUGCGAGUUUCAUCGGAAGGACACCUGUGAGAGGCUCAACUGUUAUAGCCAUGACGACGGUUAUGCCCAAGCCGUGGGUGACUUGAGAAAGCGGGACGGCGAAUGCAAGCUCGAAAGAGAAGCAGAGCUCGAACGUGAGCAUGAUCAUCAGGCAAAGACAUCUUCGCCAGCAGCCAAAGGUGCGCUUAGUGUGAAGGACCUGAUGAAGGAAGAGGAGACGCCCCUAGUUCCAGAGGACGGUGUGAAGAAGGUGCAGCAGGUGAUACCAUCGGCGGCACUCGUUCUAGUCCCCCCAGGCUGGAAGCGAAAGCCAAGACAGCGUGCAGGUGAUUUUCUCGGCGACGCAACCAUGCUGCUCGAAAGCUGUGAGUAG